AUGUCCCUCAACGAGAUCAAGGGGCGUCUGGCUCUAAUUACCGGUGCUUCGGGCGGAAUCGGCACCGCCUGCGCCCGGCAACUCGCCUCCGAAGGCGUCCACCUAGCGCUCACGUACUCAACGAAUCUAGACGCAAUGAACACGCUAAUAGAGACACUCAAGUCCGUCCAUGCAGACAAACAGCUCCGCAUCUCCACACACCAAGUAGAUGUCGGUUCCGCAGAAUCCAUUGGGGCAAUGUUCACAGAGAUCGACGCACAGCACGGUCAGCGACCGGACAUCCUGGUCUCCAACGCCGGGUACGGGAAGCGCUUCCCGAAUGUGUGGGAUAUUACCCUCGAGGAGUUCGACUAUACGCUAAACGUCAACUUGCGUGCGUCGUUCAUCCUUGUAAAGGGCGUCGUUGAGCAUAUGAAGGCUCAGCACUGGGGCCGGAUUGUGCUGAUGUCUUCUAUCGCGGCACAAGGCGGGGGCAUUAAUGGAUGUCGUAUGCUGGCCUUCUCCCCUCCUUUCUUUUUUAGAUGUGACCGACUAACUUUGGAUUUAGAUUACGCCGCAUCAAAGGGCGGUCUUACCGGCAUGAUGAAGAACCUUUCUACCCGUCUUGCCGAGUUCAAUAUCAGCGUCAACGACGUCGCUCCCGCGAUGAUCGGUGACACAGGGAUGAUCCCCAACGCGGCAGCGAUUCCUGAAGUCGCGGCCAGCAUCCCACUACAGAGGCUGGGCACACCGGAGGAGACGGCUAAUGUUGUUACUAUGCUGUGCAAGACCGGGUAUAUGACGGGGCAGAGUCUCCUGCUGGCUGGGGGACUGAAAUAG